ACCAGCGCAUCUCCCAUCACGACGAACAUUCAAAUACCCUAAUAGUACAUUAGAAUGGCACCCAAGCAGCUCAACGGAAAAGGCGGUCGCGCCGAGCCCAGCUUUGCGCAAAGCACCAUCCAGGGCCUCACAAGCGCGGAGAACAGGAGUGUUAUCACAGCAAUUGGCCUCUUCGCUGUAAGCCUACCUCAUAUCCAGACGAAGAUGAUGAGAUAAAUAUGCGGGAUGCGGAGCCGAUUAAGCGCAUAUGCGCCGGCUUCACACGAUCGCAAUGACCGGCGCGCACCGAUAGAGACCGAAAGCAUACGCUGACACUUUGUCCAGAUUGGUGUUACAUUCCUGCACAGCAGCUGGGCCGAGAUUCUCC